UGUUCAGCCUGUUCUCUAUUCCUAUUGGCUGAAAUUUCAAACUCGACUGAAGUGACAUCUUUCUUCAAACUAUUGACCUAAUUUUCAAAACAAAUUUCAAAAUCACAAAAAUCACCUGACGCAGUGUUGUUGCAGCAAAAUUAUCCGUAUUCAUGAGCUAAAAUUUUGCUUGCUUAUAAUUAUGACGGCUUUUGCAACCUGUUAAUUAUUAACCUGGGCGUUGCUACUCGUGAAUGGGUGAGUGAAACAAGUACGAUUCACCAAACCAAAAUGCCACAGCACAAGCAACCAAGUUCCCUCUACUGGUUGUGUGUCCCUGACGUCUGCAGGAUGAUUCGCGAAGCUUGCGACAAAAUCUAUGAGACCUCGGGCAUACAACGAGCUGGCGAGUUGGACUUGUUUGACAACAGAAUUGACACAACCAAUGCCAUCCAACAGGUGCAGCAGCACUUCAUCAACCCUCUACCGUACGGUCUGCGCGAAACCAUAUGCAACAAGAGACACCACAAGGACUACACUGACGAUUACAACAACAAAUCAGUUUUUAAACUGCUCCUCUUCCUCACCACAGUCAUGCACAAAGACCUCACCAGAUUCGAAAUCCACUCUUUAAGUUUGUCCUCGUCCCAAUUGAGCUCAAUUAAGGAAUCUUUCUGGCAGGCCCAACUGAGGGACAUGUCCAAGUUGCGGCUCCUCCACCUAUCCAACGUGCUCACCGAUGGCAUCCUCAAGGUCAUCGGUGAGAGCUGUCCUCUGCUGGAGGAAAUCUGGGUCAUCUCCAAGUCUCGAAAUUUGUCUGCAGAGUUCAACUUCAACGCCCUGAAAAUGGGCUACCACGUCACAGACGCUGGUUUAAUGCAUCUGACCAAUUGCCAGAAACUGAAGAGGAUUUGGAUCGGCGCCGGGAGAAUGCAGAGCAAACAAAUCACCCCGAGAGGAAUAAUCAAACUAAUGCAGAGCAUUCCCAACCUCAAGUCAAUGAACUACCCGUAUAUGGAGAGUGUUUUGCAGACUUUGUCUGCUGACGGUUGCACAAAGAAAUACAAAAUUGUUGCCCUCAAAAUAGAUCGAUGCAACCUCAGUCAUGUCCAGUUUGUUGUGGAACACUUUCCGAACUUGGUUCAACUUCACAUGGAUCUCGGUCUUGCAAAGGAUCUGCCAACAGAAUCUCACCACAAAGAAACAGAAGCCAUAUUAAAAGCAAUUGCAAGUUCAAGUCUAAAAUUGAGCCAUCUCUCGCUAGGCAACUUCCAAACGACGCCAGAAACUCUGCUGAGCUUUUUGUCUGUGAAAGGAUACCACCUGACUGAGCUUGUCCUUGGUGAGACCGUUUGCGAGUUGGACGCUCGAGCGUUGAUAUCGAUUGGAAAGGCUUGUCCCUAUCUGCGCCACUUGGCUGCCAAGAAUGUUGAAACUGGUCAGUCAUGUGAUCGAAUUCCGUCAGGAAUUUAUUCCCACCUCAAGCACUUGACCCUAGUCAGCAAAAAUAGUUACGAUGUGUCAACUAUACUUUCCAUUCUUCUCCAUGGAGAAAAUUUGGAUGUUAUGAAAAUUGAUGUUUUCCAUUCUUUAUCUAAUAUCAAUAUCUUUUUCUUAAAUUUUUUUAAAGACAAUCAGCUUCCUAAGUUAAGGAGGAUCAUAUUUGCGGGUUCAACCCUGAUCAGCCAAGCAACCGUAGAGAAUUUCUAUAAUAAUUGUCCUAAUCUCACAGGGAUCAUGUGUGAAGAAGGUGUGAUUCAAUUGACAAAACCAUCAUUCCUUACCGAUUUGAAAGAAGAGAUAUUGUCCAAAAAUUACAAUUUUGAGCUUUUGAUGUUUGCAUGAAUAAGUCAGAAAUCAUAUUUAAAAUGUGUCAUUGUGAUUCAAACGAUUUGUUAAAAAUUCAAAUUCCAUGCUGGAAGACUGUUUGGUAAUUUUAUUAAAAAAAUAAUAAUAAUACAAAUUAAAUUAUAGUUAUUUUAUUUUUAAUUUACUUUACUUUUAAAGCUUGAAAUAUUGAAUCAAAAUUUUACAUAACUUAAUACUUAAUUUUUUCUCACUUUCAAUGCAACGGAGGAAAGAUAUAAUUAAAACCAAAUCAUGAAUUUGUAUUUGUACGUUUAUAUUUAUUUGCAUAAUAAUUAAUUAGUAAACCUAAUUAAUACAAAACUAGGAUCUGCGCAUAUAAAUAUAUAUGCAUUGUUGGUUUUUAAUUCAGAAUUCAAU